UAUUCACAAACUGACCAUUUUGUUUGAAGCAGGAGAUGAAGGCUUCUCCAUGUUUCUUUGUUACUGCAUAGAUAAAAGUUUCCUCUCCUCUAAUUGCAGUUUUAGUACUGGUGAUAGAUAUGCAAUAAUUAUCUUUCAAGAACAGUUUUGAAUUUUUUGCUUUAUUUGGUUUGGUUUCAUCGAAUUCCAGCUGGUGUAAACCCUUUCCACUUGUAACUAUAAUUCUUGCACUCUUUUGGUCAUAGGCAACAGCUUCCAACUGACAUCUCAUCUCUUUUGCUAAUUUGUGUGGUUUUUAAUCAGCUUUCAUAAGUAUCCUUACGCAAAAGCAAAAGCUUAAUGGUACAUGUGAUGUCUAGUUUACAUCUGAUGUACGUCAAUCAUUAAAAAAUACAAAAAUACUGUAGCUGCCAUCAUCAUAUUUUUCUCUCUUCUCUUUAUAGAUAUUUCUUCAUAUGUUGGGAGGGGACAAAGAGGAACAUGCUGUGUUGCUAUGCAACUAUUUCCUCUUUCUAGGCCAGAGGGCGUGGCUUGUAUUAGGUACUAAAGUAAUAGUCUCGCAGGGCCAGACUCUAAUUUUGGCUAAUUCUGGCCCCGCGAGACUACUAAGUCUAGGUCCUACUGCUUAUGUAUUAACACUCAAUCCAGUCUCCAAUAGAUCCUACAUAUUAUGGAAUCCUUCCAAUGGGAAGCACUUCCCUUAUAACCUAUCACACAUACCAUUGCACAGUAUUGGCUGCCUCAUCAACAGUGACAAUGUUUGGGGUAACAUACAAGAGUGGGAUCAUCCCAGUCGAGUGACCUUUGACCUUCAAAACAGUAAGAAGUGGUCACCAUUGUUUCCUUCUACAAUGAACCCAUUGGACUCUAUACAGGUUGAUACAUUAGAAUAUUCAGAAACAAAUUCUGAACAAGUGCAGCAAUUAAGAACAAGGAUUGAUAGAUUAGUUCAUGAUCACAUUGAGCAGUUAAGAGAACAUGAUCUAACCAGAUGGAACAGAUUGUGCUGUAGAGUACUCCACAGAUUAUCAUCAAGGUUAGAAGAGAAGCCAUUUUCUUCCAGUGAAACAUCACAAUUGCAUAAGAGAGAACUAAAAGAAAGCUUACCAGGAUAUAAAAUUACUGGUUACCCUCUUCACAUAAAGUACAGUGACACUGCUCAGCUACUGAGGGCAGUUGAGAGCACUGGAUUGCACUUGUGUCAUCAUAGAAGGAUAGAGUUUGCUAUGUAUGUCACUGUUCACUCUUAUCCUAAUGAUAUACUCUCUGUUUGGAUUUAUCUUGCUACUGUUACACCUCCUGAUACUAACUGAACCUAUUCGUUGAUGAAUGUCUCUGUAGACUGCAAUAUAUUAUCAUUAGUACACCAUGUGGUAUCUUUUUAGUUUUAAGAUGAAUUAGACUUAUAAUUACUUUGAAUUUUGUAUAUUUAAUUUUAUAAAA